ACCUUCUUUUUUAGUAAAAAAAAAAUGCAAACUUUUUUUUUCUUUGAUACUAUGUCUGAUCAAGAAAACACUUCAACACCUUCUUCAGGACUCUAUACCUGUCUUGCUUGUCAAGUUGCCUUUCAGUCAGCUGAAGGCCAACGCAACCACUACCGUUCUGACUGGCACAGAUAUAACCUGAAAAGAAAAGUAGUGAACCUUCCUCCUGUCACUUCUGACCAAUUUAGUGCCAAGACAAAAGCUCAAGAAGUACAAGAAACAGAACAACAAAAAGCAAUCGAAACCACUAACAAUUAUUGUGCAACUUGCCGUAAAUCGUUUGGCUCAAGUAACCAAUAUGAGAACCACAUUCAAUCCAAGAAACACAAGGAAAUGGUCACCAAGCAAGCAUCUAGACCCGCCAAGGCUACCACCAGCACACCUAAGGAAAAAGAAGUCGAUCUUCGCAUUACAGAGGAAACAACAGAAGAGGAAAUGUUGGCCAUGAUUGAUGAAAAGAUCAAGACAGCACCCCGUUUAGAAGAAACAGACUGUCUCUUUUGUACAUACCAAUCAAAUACAUUUGAAGAGAACAUGACACAUAUGACAAACGUCCACAGUCUUUUUAUUCCUGAUAUUGAAUACUUGGUAGAUUUAAGGGGUUUGAUUCGUUAUUUGGGUGAAAAGAUCACUGUUGGUAAUGUGUGUAUCUUUUGUAAUGGUAAAGGAAAGAAUAUGCGUUCUGUGGAUGCUGUUCGAAAACAUAUGAAUGACAAAGGUCAUUGUAAAAUUGCUUAUGAUGAAGAUGAUGAUGCUGCUGAAUUGGUUGAUUUCUAUGACUUUUCUUCUUCUUAUCCUCAAGUGGAAGAACAAGAGAAUGUCGACAUUGAUGCGGAGUUGGAAGGACUUACAGCACAAUUGAGCUUAGCUGAUGAUGAAAUGUCAUUGGUCUUGCCUAAUGGUAAUGUUGUUGGACAUCGUCAUAUGAAACGUUACUAUGAUCAAAAAUUGAAGCCAGAAGAGACACGGGAUUCCAUUUUGAUCAACAAAUUGAUCGGUCAAUAUUCGGAGUCGCCUGCUUUUGAAUCCAUGCGUAACAACAACCAAAGAUUAUUGAUCACAGAUGGUGGUCGUAGAAACAUGCGUCCAACAGAAGCCUUUAAAGACCUCCGUAACCAACACGAAUACACGACACGCGUUGGUAUUAAUCAAAACAGACUACAAAAGCAUUUCAGAAUUCAAAUUAUUUAGAAUAAAUUACCACUUUAUCGUAUAUGUGUAUGUGUGUGUGUGUAUGUGUAAAUACCUGGUUUUUGUACUUUAUUAAAGGUCGUACGAGAUCAUGCAAUUUAAUACAAACACAAAUAAAUGAUUUCUGUUUGAGGCCAAAAAGUCUAUAACAAGUUAAAAGAUGUCAAAAAAAGAAAAAGGACCUGAAAAAGAGAAAUACAUAUAAAAGAACACUUCAAGAGCCUGUCUCUUUUUUCUUUAUCCAAACAACAGUACUUUCCUUAUGAAGUUCUCUC